AUGUUGAAGCCAAUCCUCUUCUCGCUGCUGUCUUGGUUUUUAGCGCUUCGGGUGCUCGCUGUACCCUAUAGUGAAUACAUCCUGGCCCCAGAAAACCGCACCUUGAAGCCUCGCGCAGUCUACGGCACCAAUGGCACAGUUACAAACGCUGCAGGUAUUACCGAAAACAGCACAGGAUCUACGACCUUGAAUGGGCCCUCUUACAUCACGUAUGAUUAUGGAAGAAACAUUGCUGGCGUGGUAUCUGUCGAGAUUGAAAGUGUCUCGGAAUCUGCUUCCUUGUCAUUGACCUAUGCAGAGUCCUCUUACUUUAUCAGUGCCAGCAGCAGUGAUAGCCUCAGAGACGGUGCUCAGGCUACUCCGCUCACACUCGAUAUCCCGACUGCUGGUAGUUACUCGGUCAGCCGCUAUCAUGAGUUUGGAGCUUUCCGCUAUCUUACAGUGGUCAAUCCAACUGCGGCUGAGAUUGUCAUUAUCUCGGUGACGACAAAUUUCACAGCUGUACCAAUCAACGAGCCAACCGCCUAUACGGGUUACUUUCACUCGGAGAACGAGCUGCUGAACAGAAUCUGGUAUGCAGGUGCUUAUACGGCUCAACUCUGCACCAUUGACCCAGCCUACGGUGACGCCUUUGAUGGAUGGUACCUACCAGAUGGCCUCAUUGACUGGUCAUUGAACGCGACUCUCACAGAAGGGAGGAGCUGUCUUGUUGAUGGUGGGAAACGGGAUCGCGUAGUGUGGUCCGGCGACAUGGUCGUCACCAUUCCCACGGUCGGGGUCUCGACCAAUGACAUGUAUAGCAUGAGAAACUCGAUUGACUCUCUCUUGAGCGUCCAAAAGUCCAAUGGACAACUUCCGUACUUUGGCUGGACCUACUCGAGCAAAACCCACUCCUAUAUCUCGUCCACGUACCACCUGCAUACUAUAGUGGACCUGCUAUACUAUGUCCAAUGGUCGGCGGACACUGACUAUCUGACCACUGUUUGGAGCCGAGUGGUCGCUGCUCUACAAUGGUCGUUGAGCUCUGUCGAUGAUACAGGCUUGAUGUCGGUUGGUUGUGGCUCAGAUUGGGGUCGCCCCAAGAUAUCAGGCUAUAAUACCGAAGCCAACGCCAUUCUCUACCACACUCUGCUUCUUUCUUCCCAGGCAGCCAAUAUUCUCAAUGACACUGCAUCGGCCUCGAACUGGACAGCAGCUGCCGAGAAGCUGAAGACGGCAGCGAAUAGCUUGCUGUGGGAUGCAUCAGUCGGAUUAUACAUGGAUCAAGAAAACUCGACCUUGUAUCCUCAGGAUGGAAACUCUUGGGCCAUCAAGGCGAACCUAACGGAUUCAUCAGCCAGGGCUCAAUCCAUAUCCGCCGCGCUCAGUUCUCGCUGGACCGAAUACGGCGCGCCCGCUCCAGAGCUGCCAGGUAUCAUUUCCCCCUUCAUCUCGGGAAUCGAGGCCGAAGCGCACUUUCUCUCGGACAAUGCCAGCAGAGCCUUGGAUCUGAUUAGUCUCCAAUGGGGAUUCAUGCUCGACAAUGAGUACAUGACCAAUUCAACAUUUGUGGAAGGAUAUACCACGUCGGGGACUCUGGAAUACGGUUACAAGACGUACUCUCGCAUAAGCCACGCUCACGGCUGGUCCACGGCCCCGACCAACUUGCUGACUUCCUACGUCGCCGGCCUGAAGAUUGAGUCGCUGGCCGGCGAGACGUGGAAGAUUGCCCCACACCCCGGUGGCUUGAGCAACAUUGAAGCUGGCGUCUCUACUGCCCUCGGCAACUUUACGAUUAUCAUUGCGGCAGACGGCGACAUCAUUGGUGGAAUUGACUUUUGUACGCCGGCGAACACGACUGGCAGUCUCGAACUUCCGGGACAGACGGGGUCAAUAUGGAAAGAUGGCACCAGGCAUUAUUCGUAUACCAACACCAGUGGGCCUCUCGAAGGAGGUUGCUAUUAUUUUAGGCAUUUCUGA